GACCUUGGGCCCAGGCCAGUUGGGUACACAGGGACUGGGGCUGCCAGACGCUCCCCACCCCCCGCCGCUUUUCAAAGUAACGUGGCUGCUGGGCCGGUGCCUGGCAGAGGCUCCCCGGGUUUGGCUCGCACAGAGGGAAGCGGCUUCCCCCGCGCUCCUUCCAGGGGAGGCUGGAGCCCCACUUCUGCAGCCUUUGCUCCCGCUGCGGUGAUUGCCGCCGCCUCCCCGCCCACACCCCUCCCCGGGGACUCCUCUUCCCUGGCAGCGCCCGCUCCGCUUCCUCCUUGGCCCCGCUGCGCGGGAGGGGCAGUUCUCAGGCUCCAGCGCGGCGAGCUCCCCUGGGCCGGUCCCGGCGCGACUCCCACCGCCGGCGGAGCGAGCCCGGCGGCCGCUCUCCUGCCCCCUGGAGGGCGCGAGCCCCGCGCGGGACGCUGAUGCUGGGGAGGCUGCAGCCUUGGUCUGACAGGCUGGAGGCAGUGACUAUCACAUGAGUUCCACAAGGAUAAUGGAUACUAAAUUGCGAGAGGCUGAAGGAUGCGGUGAGGACAAUUCAGGAAAGAAAAAGUCAAAGUUCAAAUCUUUCAAAAAGUUCUUUGGGAAAAGGAAAAGGAAAGAGACCUUACCAUCUUCAGGGAGCAUCACUCUGAAACCAUGCCAGUCAGCUAGUGAUGUCACAGUCCCAGAGUCCAUGCACAUUGACUAUGAUUCUGAAGAUGAACUUGAGACCCACACAGGUAUUAUGGGAAGCAGAGCGUUAUCACAUGACAGCAUUUUCAUUCCUGAGCCUGUGCAAGAGCCUGCUAGGCCCGUACGAGUGUUUUCUCAGGAAAACGUUUCCGAUCGGAUUAGAGCUUUGCAGUUGAAACUCCAACAUAGCAUGAAACUGGGGCCGCCUCCUCCAUUUGGAAUUCAUGCAAAGCGGAUAGAUGAUGCUGGGACUAGCUCUGAAGAUGAUGGGUUACCCAGGAGUCCUCCAGAAAUAUCUUUGCUACAUGAAAUUCUAAGUUCCAGCACAGCAACAAGGUUCUCUGACUCUCACAAGCACCCUAGCUCUUUGAGUUUAGCUGGAACAGGCAGUGAAGAAGAAGAACAGGUCACUUCAGGUCCUUCUUCUAGGCCCCGCUCUACAGAAGGCCAACUAUUCCCUAGGCAUGCAAGUGCUAAAACUAUAUCUCCCCGAACAUCUGACAGCAGCAUCUCGCCUGCAGCUGAUUUUGACACUCCGCCUGAAUUCUCCACUUGCUUAGAUAAUUCUGCUGCUAAACACAAGCUUUUAAUAAAACCACGGAACCAGAGAUCUAGUAAAAUGAGAAGACUUCCUUCGCGGACCCACUCAGAAUCUCUGAAUGACUUGAGCUGCACCCCAGAAGAAGAGGAGCACGAUGGAAGAGAGAUGCUGACAGACUUGACAUGUGAAGUCUUCACCACCAGCCAUCAGAAAUUGACACACAGCACAGCUGUGACAAGUGACAUGGCCUCCUGGCAGAGACCUGAAAUGCCUAAAGACUUUCCCCAUGGCUCGAGACACAGAGACGAAAGGCCUCCCACACGGCAGUUCACUUCUGAGUCUGCCAUUGUUCAGGAAGUCUCGUUACAUGAGAAUAAUCCUGACGGCUGCCAAACUACACCGGAAUUAACACAUUCUGAGUCAGAUUAUCCUUCUUCUUUAGAGCCUAAAGAAAACGUAAUCACCCGGUAUUCCCCUCCAGAUAGAGAAGCACAAAGGGAAAAAGAGCCCCCUGGAACACUAAGUGUGUCCACCGGGAACGUAUGUGAUGUGUCAGUUAAUACUUUAAAUCAAGAAAAUAAACAGUUUGUUAAUGGGUCUUCAGUGAAUAACCUGCUGUCUGAAGAGUAUACUUCAACCAAUACUGGCAGUUUUUCUUGUUUGGGAGGGCCAGAAAAAAAUGUACAGAAGGAUGGUCAGAUACCCAUAGCAACUUCCUGUAAUAAGGAAACAAAGGAGUCUGCAGCAUUGCCAGCUUCCAGCAAGCAGUUACCUGAAGGGUCUUCUCAGCUCACAGACUCACCCUGUGUUUCCUCUGAUAUCCCACAGCCUGCUUUGUCAUCACAGCUGGGGUCAUCUGCUUCCUGGUCUCUGGAGCAAACUACGCCCACUCAACAACUAGCUGCAUCUGACAAGGAAAACAAUCAGUCCCUGGGACACAGGGAGGCAAUUUUGGGGGGAAAAACGGAGAAAGCUGCCAAUGAACUCAGCACCUUGCGAAAAUUUUCAGUGUCAUCAGCACGGGAGAGACCAGGGGCUGGCAGCCUCCACCUGAAAGAAAACUCAGAAUGUGAAAGUCCAUUAAAUACCAAAUUACCCCUGUCAAAAACCAAGCUCUCCUCAAGAAAUGAGAAGUUGAAAGAGGAUGUGCAGGUGGGCUCGGAUCUACAGGAGGAAAAAAAUAGCAUUAAAAAGCAGGUGUCGCUGGCAGAUUCUGACUCUGAGGUCACGGGCAAAGCAGCAGACACAAUGGUGUCUGGCUGUGUUUCUCAGGCCAUUGAUGCAAUUCCAGUGGUAUCCCAGUGCCAACCAGGCAGUGAAGAUAAAAGUCCUUUUCAAGUAAAGCUUAGAUCCACUUCACUGUCCUUGAAAUACAGAGACAGCUCUUCACCAGAAUCAAAGGGGUUUAAAAGAUACAGUGCAGAAAUUAAUUUUGAAAAAGAGGGAUUGGCAUCACUUCUAAAAGGUGAAAAGGCACAGAUCAAAAAAACAGCUGAUGUAAAUAUCAAUGGCUCUGUGAAUGACAACAUAAAAUCUAAAACAAAGUCCUCUGAACAGCUUAGCACAAAACCUCCAUUGCCUAGAAAGCCUGUUUUGCAAAAUGUAACUAAUGCAAACAGUAACGUGGAAAAGCAGGAAAAAGUCACAAAAUCUCCUGAAUCCAGAAGUAAAGACAGAGACUUGGAGAAAAAAUCAUGUCCUUCAAAAGUGCCUGAGAAGACUGUGCCUUCCCCAGUGAUUACAGCAGACUCUGCAGGAGGAACUGACAGCCAGUCAAAGCCAGCCUGGAUUACUAUAGCAAGACAGAAGCACAGGGACAUUCAACAGGAGCCAGAGCCUACUAAAGAAGAGAAACUUGUGGCUCAAGAUGUUAAGUCAGACACAGAAAAACAAAAUAAGGAGAAGAAAAGAAUGGAGGGGUCAAUGAAGCAACAAGCAGACUUCAUCAGGAGCAAACCUUCACAUUUAGCACCUAAAACUUCUUCUGAAGAACAGAGGAAUGAGACAAAGUCUGACGUGAACGAGCCACUGCCAAGAGCCAACUCGCUGUCGCAUCAUGUCCCUGCUCAAUCCUCAGUGCUGACAGAGAAAGAAGAAAUGAACCAGUUUAAGAAAGUCAGUCACUCUGCUCCAGAUCAGCCAUCAUGGAUGGAACUUGCCAAAAAGAAAUCCCAAGCUUGGAGUGAUAUGCCACAGAUUAUAAAAUAGGGUGAUACAUCUCAGACCAAUAGUAUAUGCUAUUUUGGAUAAUUCAGUAGUCCACGUAAUUGAACUUCUGUAGAUUAGUUAAUCACAAUGAAGAAUCUAUGGUACGUCAGAAGGGUUUUGUUAUAAAGCUUUGAAAAAAAGAGUGCAAUAAGUGCCAUCAACAAGUUCACCGUAAACCAUCUGUAGCAAUCAGGAUGGUACUAGAAAUGGUUUAAGAAUAAUCUACUUUAAGGACAUACCCACCAACUUAGAAAAACAUUCUGCCUAUAUACAUUGUGUAUUCCCCCCAAUUAAAUUUGCAUAAAAUGAGUAUUUUUGUUAAAUCUUGUUGAACUUUUUGUUGCAAACAUUGUUACACCGCUCAUUAUCUAUUUGUGUAUUGUCCACUAUCAGAUCAUGAUAAUAUAAAUCUGUUUUACUGGUGUUAUCUGACAGACACUCUUUAAAGAUGCUUGGGCCAAUGAGGUAUUCAUGACUUGUUUUUAUUGAGUACUCUAUCAGAUAUUCAGAAUUUGCUGUUUGAACUGUGUGAUUGGUUAGCUGAGUCACAUGGUAUGGUUUCUGUCUUCUGAUUUAAUUCCUGAGGCAUAAAUAAACUUGUUUGUGCAUGAAAAUUAAUAAAAAUUCCUCCUGAAAUACUUGCCUGAACAAAACUGGCUGCACAAACGGGCACAGAAAAGCAGAGGAAACAAAUGUGUUCGGAUUGAAUUGGAAUCCCAUGUAUGUAUUCAUGAAUGCUCGUGUCUAGAAUUCACCCAGAUGCGGGUGUUCUGUUUUUUAUGGGAAUUCAUCAUGUUGGUUUGUGGAACCAUAUUUAGUGGCAAUGGAUCUGUUUAUGAUAUCAAAGAUGAAGAUUAUGAAUUCAGAUAAAGAUUAACGAGUCAGGGUAUGGGACUUGUUGAGCCCAAACUCAAAUGUUACAAAACCAGGAACAGAACAGUUAAGGUGCUUCUUCAAAUACAACACAACCUCACAGCCUUAACUCUGCCCUCAUCUGAAUGGCAAAAGGGAGUGGGAAUAGCACAGUAUGUUUACAAGCUGUAAAAAUACUAUUUUAAUUGUGCCCACUGCUACUCCAAAUCAGGAUCCCUGUUUAUGCAGUUUCAUGGGCACCUCUGCUGGUUGUGUAGCAACAUUGACACGGGGAAGUGGUUGCUGCUGGUUGGUAGAGAUCACGCUGACCUUAUUGUACUUCCUCUCUUCCUGCUGUACAAUCACAAAGAACCUAACAACAAUCCAUUAGGAAAUUUCCUAAAAUUAGAAUCCUGCUGUUAAGGGAAACACUCUCUCCUCCCAUAAAAACACUAGGGCAGCGGUUCUCAGACUGUGGAUUGGGACCCCAAAGUGAAUGGUGACCCCAUCUUAAUGGGGUCACCAGAGCUGAAGCUUCAGCCCUGGGUGGUGGGCUCAGGUUACAGGCCCCUUGCCUGGGGCUGAAGCCCUUGGGCUUGGGCCCUCCACACCCAGGACAGUGGGGCUUGGGCUCCAAACUGCCCCAAAAUUGUUUGCAUGAGCAACCUUCACUCUGCCCUUUGUGCUUGUGCAUUUACAAUAUAGUCUUUAAUCACGAAUAAUAAUCACUCAUUUCUCAAAUCAUAGAAUAUAAAAUCACAGUAUAUUCUACAGUUAUUUCUUAAACGUAUUGUAAGACACUCUCUAAUAUAAACAGAUACACUUUUUAGGUACCGUAAUACAAUCUUAAAAAGCCCCAAAAACUAAGUAAGAAAUAACUCAUGAAAUCACAAUGCGAAGUUUAUUUAAGGUACUGCAUUACAAUCUGUAUAAUUCUUUAAAUAAACCCUUCCACGUUAAAGGGAAAAUGUAAAACAUAAAAUUAAAUUUAAAAAAAUCUAUCUUAUCCUUUGAUUAUUGCCUGUUUAGAGCCUCACUGAAGAGUAGAAUGUUUUCUGGUAAUUAACUUGAACUAGAGUUAAUGGUAUGUUAUAUUGCUUUAACGUUUUCUCGCUGUUAUAAAUUAUUUAAGAUGUAUCUGAUCUCAACUGAAUUUCUGGGGAGUGAGCAAUGCAACUACAUGGGACAAUUCCAAAUAUCUUUAAGGAAAUUCUCUGUUUGACAGACAAAGGUUCAAGAUAAAGGAGAUUAUUAAUAGAGUGAUCUAGGGUUUCCUACAAAAUAUUCUGGGCCUCACAAACAUACAAAGAAUGGACCCCAUACAUAGUUUUGAGAGAUGAGCAAAUGCAGCUGUCUUAUACCUUCCCACAAAGUGCAGCCCUAACUCUAAUGUGGGCCUGAUCUUGCCACCUCCGGGAUGAAAUCCUAGCCCCAUUGAAGUCGGUGUGAAUUUUGCCAUUGACCUCAGUGUGGCCAGGAUAGCAUCCUUUAUGUUCAAUACUCUCACUAACUUGACUUUGCCAGGAACAGUGACAAUUGGCUGCUAUGGGCCUGCUUGUGGAUCCACUGAAAUCAAGCUAAAACUUCCAGUGAUUUCCAUGGGAGUGAGCUCUGGUUUUACAGGGUGGUCAGUACUAUAUGAUACGUGCUCAGACCUUAAAGGAUUAGUCCAUCAGAAUGGCAUAAAUUUAAGUAUCUCAAAUGUAGGGCCUGAUUUUGCUUCAAAUAGGUUAUUGUAUCAAUAUUAUCCUGUGCUGGAGUUCCUUUAUUUUAAAUCAAAAGGUCAUGUGACUCUGCAAUAGCCAAUUGCUGAACAGUCACUAUUGUCCACCAACAUGGGAAAUAGUGCAAAACUAUUUCAGAUCCUGCAUAUUUUCUCUCAGACAAAUGGAUUGUACUUGGCAAUCCCAGGAUGUAAUACAAAUGUAUUUAGGCAAACUGAUGUAUGGUUUAUAUUCUUGACUGUGUGGAAAGAACUGUGAUCAAUUUUUCUGUAGAUGCCAUUGUACUUUUCCAGCCCAGAAGCAAUAUGACUGACUCAACAUGAUCCAUUUUGCUCAACUGCACAAGUACAAUACAGUAGCAAAUCUACUGAAAUAAUAUUGGAAAAACCAAGGUUAAUUCAUGGCCUUUUCACAUAAUUUAACUAAAACUGUAUUACUUUAAAA